GGUUUGUUCUUUUUGAGGGACUAGAAAUGAAUUCGGAAUUCGUGGCUAGUCUUGUCGCAGUGCAGUACCCCCACCCCUUUUGGUCCCGCUGGCCUGCGGCGGGAAAAUUGCGCGUCUGCGCACUAAGCAUCCGCUUCGUCUCUGGUCUGAGCGGAAGGUCCUGCCUUACUGAGCUCGCGGCCGGAUAAUGUCCAUUCAUUGCCCAUUCCCUUCCUCCGCCCGCCGCUCGUGGCUCGUGGCUCGUGGCCGUAUGAGUUCUCUGCCAACUCGCGUGAGUCCCCGUACUAGCUUCCUGGAGUUCCGUCUCAGUGGUCACAGUUUCCUCCUUCAGUCCCCUUCCUCAGGUCAAACCGCUCCGGGCACCCCUUCCACGCCCAAAUACAAACGUCAGCAGUUCCCCACCACCCUUCCCAUCGCCGCCAGCUGCUGAUGUCCCCCGACAGGACAUUCUCCCUUCGGCCCCCUGCCGGGAUUUCUGGGAGGUGAAGCAUUCUAAUUUUCCCAGCUGCUUUGCUACCCCUGUGGACAUGACCUAUUAGCUGGCACUUUACAUCCCAGUUUUGUGAUGGAGGCAUCUUUGGGGAUUCAGAUGGAUGAGCCAGUGGCCUUUUCUCCCCCGUGUAACCGGCUUCAGGUUGAUGGCUCGUUAAAAAAAGAUGAGCAGAGUUUUAAACUUCCAGGUGUUAAAAAAGAUAUUGAGAAGCUUUAUGAAGCUGUACCACAGCUUGGUAAUGUGUUUAAGAUUAAGGACAAAAUUGGAGAAGGUACGUUCAGCUCUGUUUAUUUGGCCACAGCACAGUUACAAGUAGGACCUGAAGAGAAAAUUGCUCUAAAACACUUAAUUCCAACAAGUCAUCCUAUAAGAAUUGCGGCUGAACUUCAGUGCCUUACAGUAGCUGGGGGGCAAGACAACGUCAUGGGAGUAAAAUACUGCUUUAGGGAAAACGACCAUGUGGUUAUCGCUAUGCCAUAUUUGGAGCAUGAGUCCUUUUUGGACAUUUUGAAUUCUCUUUCUUUUCAAGAAGUGCGGGAAUAUAUGUUUAAUUUGUUCAGAGCUUUGAAACGCAUUCAUCAGUUCGGUAUUGUUCACCGUGAUGUUAAGCCCAGCAAUUUUUUAUACAAUAGGCGCCUGAAAAAGUACGCCUUGGUAGACUUUGGUUUGGCCCAAGGAACUCAUGAUACGAAAAUAGAGCUUCUCAAAUUUGUCCAGUCUGAAGCUCAGCAGGAAAGUUCUUCACAAAAUAAGUCCCACAUAAUCACAGGAAACAAGAUUUCAUUGAGUGGCCCGGCACCUAAAGAGCCGGAUCAGCAGCCCAUCACAAAAACGUCUGUUAAAAGGCCCUACACAAGUGCACAAAUUCAGAUUAAACAAGGAAAAGAUGGAAAGGAGGGAUCUGUAGGCCUUUCUGUCCAGCGCUCUGUUUUUGGAGAAAGAAAUUUCAAUAUACACAGCUCCAUUUCACAUGAGAGCCCUGCAGUGAAACUUAUGAAGCAGUCAAAAACUGUGGAUAUAUUUUCUAGAAAGUUAGCAACAAAAAAGAAGGCUAUUUCUACAAAAGUUAUGAACAGUGGUGUGAUGAGGAAAACUACCACUUCUUGCCCAGCUAACCCAACCUGCGACUGUUACGCAACAGAUAAAGUUUGCAGCAUAUGCCUUUCAAGGCGGCAACAAGUUGCCCCGAGGGCAGGUACACCAGGAUUCAGAGCACCAGAGGUCUUGACCAAGUGCCCUAAUCAAACUACAGCAAUUGACAUGUGGUCUGCAGGUGUCAUAUUCCUGUCUCUGCUUAGUGGGCGAUACCCAUUUUACAAAGCAAGCGAUGAUUUAACUGCUUUGGCUCAAAUUAUGACUGUUCGUGGAUCCAGGGAAACUAUCCAGGCUGCUAAGACUUUUGGCAAAUCAAUAUUAUGUAGCAAAGAAGUCCCAGCACAAGACUUGAGACAACUCUGUGAGAGGCUCCGGGGUAUAGAUUCUAAAACCCCCAAAUUAACAAGUGGUAUACAAGGGACUGUUUCUCUUGACCCAGCUUUUUCAGAGACAACUGACCAUAAAGCUGCUCACCUCAUGCCUACUCCUCAAGCACAGCGCUCCGGGAGUUCAUUGCUUAAAGGAGACAGUAAUGGCUGUGGAAAUCGUUUUGAGGAGGAUACUACCAAUUUAGAAGGCUGGGAUAAGGUACCUGAUGAAGCGUACGACCUGCUUGAUAAACUUCUAGAUCUAAAUCCAGCUUCAAGAAUAACAGCAGAAGGAGCUUUGUUACAUCCAUUUUUUAAAGAUAUGAGCUUAUGAUUGUAGUUCUUCAUUUAAUGUCUACUGUUACAUAUUGUUGCGGGCGGGAGAGAUGUGAGUUUUUGUAAUAGCUAUUAGCUCUUGAUUAGAUGCCAGGGCAGGUAACAUUUUAAAAUUUUAAUAUUUGCUCUCAUGGCUGAUUCUCAAGUACAGUUCUAUAUAAAAACUAAUGGAAAUUUAAGAUUACUGAAGGUAACCUGGCAUACUUCUUUGGACCAACAACAUGAUCUUCUUUGAGUUAAAUCCACUGGAGUAAAAUCGGAUUUUUAGUUUCCCUAAUUACUUUUCACUGCCAUAUGCAGAAAAAGGAACAGGUUUAGCCUAGUACGUAGGGGUUCAGGGUGCAAGUCUUAAAAUUAAUAGAUGUAAUAGGGGCUAAACGAAUCAAAGAACUUAGUUUACUGGUUUUGUAGAGCUAUGAACUAUGUAUACUUUUGGAAAACUCAACUUGGUGCUAGUACUCUAACAAUUCUAUAGGUAAAGAAGUUAAUUUCUUUCCUAGAGGUAUGUGUUUUAUCUUUUAUGAACACUAAAGAAAUGAGUAAGAAAAUAUUGGCCAUGGGACAAAAUAUUGCUUAAAAUUGAAUUUAUCCAUUUUAAAGUAUUUUAUGAAACCACCUUUGUGUGAAUUGCCAUGUUUUUUUGUAAGAAUGGUUUCUGGAUUUUGCUUUCCUCUCUACCUCUACCUAAUACAUUCUCUUUGGAAUCUCUAGGUGCUUACCAUGAAGUUUCUGGGUGCUUUAUUAAAUAUCACAUGUGUUUACAGUUGGGAACUUAAAAUGAUGAGUACACUGGUUGAUAAGGGGAAGCUGCAGGACUAAGGUGAAGAUUAAUAGUUCAAAAUGCUUUUCUUUUUCUCUGAGCGGAUGUGUCUUCUCAUACCAUCUUAGGUAUAAUUAGGUACCUGUCAAAAGGAAAGGGGAACACAGAAUUGAGAGUAUUCUUGGAGAUUUUUCCUCUGCUUACAGCUAUCCAGGUCUCGAUCCUGUUUUGACCAAGUUGGUCCUGCUCAGAGAAGGGUGGCUACUGAGUUCUUGGGUGGAUUGAGAAGAGAAAAAAUGAAGUAAGCAAAGUAGAAAAAGACCUGAGGUAGAGGCUUACGUAUUAUUUACAUUUCAAAAUGACAUAUCAGUGGCAGCAUGUCAAACUUAUUAUGGGAAAUAACUCUCUUUGGGAGUGGUUCGGCUGAGAAGUUUUCCUAUUUAGUAGAGUAUAGAAACAGCUAGAGGACACAUAAUGUACUCAUUUUAUUAUUUUGAACAUUGAAGUCAGUAUUUGUAUCUAACCUGUUUGAUGAGUAUAGUGUUCUCAGAUAGAGUUUUUGGAUUUUGUAUAUAUAAACCAUUACCAUUGAUCUGCUUUGUCUUCUCAUGUUGUAAUCUUAAAAACAAAACACCUGAAUGUUCUUAAAUUCAUAUGUUUAAUAAAGUUCAUCCUUUUACAUUUUUUAAAAAGUGUUGACGACUAGGAGUAUUUUCCUUCUGAGGUGAAUGAAUGCGCUCCAGUGAAUAGUGAGUACUAGAUUAACAAGUAUUGACCUGGCUCAAGAAGUAAUAUGAAAGAUAGGAACAGAUUUUUCUAUAGAAAAGGUGCUCAUUGACUUAAUUUAAAGAAGAUCUGUCACAGUAGUAGUAAAAUAAGCCAUUUCAGUAGAAGACAACCCUGGUCAACGUAAAGUCUUUCCUUAGUUGAAGUACUUAUAAAAAUUUGUGACUCACGGUCAAAAUAACAUAUCCUCAGAAAAUUAAAAGGAAGGAAAUUUUAACAAUACCAAAAGGGAGAAAGGAAGACAAUCUCCAAGAAAGUUUAAAAUUCAGGGUUGCCAUUUCAACUUCUCGUUAAUGUCACUUUGAGAAUAGAACUUGGGUUGUUAUGCGAGGGGGAGGUAAAGAGAGCUCAUGUUUAAAAAGACUAUCCAGUGUUACAAAUUAGUUCCUGGGUAAUUUCAGUCCUACUAGAUGGAGAAUGUUGCCUCAAUUUUUAGUGCCGUGUGGAUCAAAAUUAAAAAUUAUUAAGGAACUUCCAUAUUCAUGUUCUUCAGACUUUUUAUUGUGGUAAAUAUAUAUAUAACAAAUUGCCAAUUCAACAUUCUUCACAUGUACAGUUUAGUGGCGUUGUGUUUAUCAUGUUCAACCAUCACCAUUAUCUAUUCCCAAAUUUUCCUCACCCAUAACAGUAUCCACUAAGCGGAGUCUUCUUUUCUCUCUCCUUUCCUCCUGACCUCCCUCUUCAGACUUUUGAGCCUUCAGAACACUAUUUUAUAAUGACAGAUAACUCCCCAAAAUAUUAUGAAAACUCUGGCAAAAUAAUCAUUUCUAUGGAAAGAUUGAUAAGGUAAGUAGUUCAUGCCAUUUCCUAUUAUUAUGGAAAUUCCCGGAAUGUUUAGCUUUUUUCCAUUGUCAACUUUUUAAGAUUUUUGUUGUUCAGACUUUUGAGAGAAAACUAAGGGCGUUUUCAUUUAAUAAGCCUAGACAUUUAGAACUAUUAACAAGCUACAAGUACUGGUUUUUGAAACAAGCUGCAGCUUUUUAGCAUGUUUAAUGAAACUUUUCCUUAUAAGGAGAUGAUUAUGGUUGUCUUAAUGACCUAAAUAAAAAUGUGGCUCAAGAACGAUUAUGCCAAAGAAUUAAGCUUAUUUCAAAAUCUGAACAAAAGCCAUCACAUGAUACGAAUAUCUUGUUCUUUCUGGCAUCUGCAUUUUAGGGAAAAAAUGAUGUUACAAAUGUCAGAAUAUUGAUUGCACAAACUUGUGAAACCCGAAAAACUUGUGGGCUUAGGUUUUAGUCAUUUCUGCAGUUUAUGUAAUUUCAGUCCUACACAUCAUCAAAAAGUUAUUUAUCUUAAACUGUGGCCAAAUUUGACUAGUAAUGCUAUCUGCCAUUGUCUGCAGAUGUAUCGUUUCCACCCACUUUUGUGCGUGCUGUCUAUGGUCUUUAAAGAACACUGUUUAACACCAGGCAGAAAUGUCAACUCUUCAGGUUUUUUCCUAUGUUCUUAGAACUGAUGUUGCUGUUUCCUAGUUUUGUCAAUUACUAGUUUUGUCAAAUUAUGUAUCUAAACUGUCAUCCUUCCUUGAAAGGUGGAUAUUAUCACCAAUGUACCAGAUAAGAAAUGAAAAGUAGUUAAUCCUAUUUCAAAUUACAGCAAGGUUUUCAACAAAAUAACCAAAAAGGUCAGUGCUGAGGUAAGUAUUUAGUAAGUAAUGACAUUUUAGUUAUCUAAAGUGAAAAGGCGUGGUCUUAGGAAAGUAAUUACAAAUUGGGUGAGUAAAUUAUGAAAGUAAAGUUCAGAAUAGAAAAGUGAUUGCAAAAUAGUUCAAGAGCUAAUUUGACCAAUGGGAAGAAAAUGAAAUAAAAGGAUGAAAUUGUUUUCAACCAUUGUUUAGAGUGCUUUAAAAAUUUAACAGAACAAUAUAUGGGAAAGAAUUCAAAAGGAUGAGCAAAAUAAAAACUGAUUUGGGGAGUGUGUGCAUACUUUUUAUAAGGCAAAAAAAAUGAAAGCCUGACUGCUUAAUAAAUGAAUAGAUGUGAAUAGUUUAGAAUUUCUAUUUAAACAUUCACUAUGCACAAAACAGGAGUCCUGGUAGUGUAGUGGUUAAGUGCUAUGGCUGCUAACCAAAAGAUCGGCGGUUUGAAUCCACCAGCCGCUCCUUGGAAACCCUGUGGAGCAGUUCUACUCUGUCCAGUAGGGUUGCUCUGAGUCAGAAUUGACUCCAUAGCAAUGGGUUUGGUUUGUUUUUUUACGUACAAAAUACCCUUUUGUAUUUGCCCUUACCCUGAAGCAGAUUCAGAUCCUGCUGAAGCAAUUUUUUGAGGAAAGUAUCAAGUUUAGAAAAUCGUAAUUCUUAUGAAGGCAGAUUACAAACCCAUUGCCAUUGAGUUGAUUCUGACUCAUAGUGACUCUGUAGAACAGUGUAGGACUGCCCCAUAGGAUUUCCAAGGUUCUAAAUCUUUACGGAAGUAGACUGCCACGUCUUUCUCCUGAGAGAAGGCAGAUAGUUAAGGGAAUAAAGAGCUCAUAGAUUCAUCUCAGUAAAGGUGUGCAUCAAGGUGGUAUCCUUUCACCAUACUUACUCAAUUUGUUUGCUGAGCAAAUCAAGAAGCUGGACUAUAUGCAGAAGAACGGGGCAUCGGAAUUGGAGGUAGACUUACUAACAGCCUGUAUAUGUAGAUGACACAACCUUGCUUGCUGAAAGUGAAAAGGACUUGAAGUACUUAACUGAUGAAGGUCAAAGACUACGGCAUUCAGUAUGAAGUACACCUCAACAUAAAGGAAACGAAAGUCCUGAACAACUGGACCAAUAAGCAACAUCAUGAUAAAUGGAGAAAAGAUUGACGUUGUCAAGGAUUUCAUUUUACACAGAUCCGCAAUCAACACCCACAAAAGCAAUAGCAAGAAAUCAAAGGAUGCAUUACAUUGGGCAAAUCUGCUCCAGAAGGCCUCUUUAAAGUGUUAAAAAGCAAAGAUGUCACUCUAAAGAUGUGCCUGAUCCAAGCCAUGGCGUUUUCAGUUGCCUAAUAUGCAUGCAAAAGCUGGACAAUGAAUAAGGAAGACCAAAGAAGAAUUGAUGCCUUUUAAUUAUAGUGUUGGCAAAGAAUAUUGAAUAUACCAUGGACUGCCAAAAGAAUGAACAAAUCUGUUUUGGAAUAAAUACAGCCAGAGUGCUCAUUGGAAAUAAGGAUGGUGUGACUUCGUCUCACAUAUUUUGGUCAUGUUAUCAGGAGGGACCAUUUCCUGGAGAAGGACAUCAUGUUUGGUAGAGGGUCGGGAAAAAAGAGGAAGACCCUCAAGGAGAUGAAUUGACACAGUGCCUGCAACAAUGUGCUCAAGUUUAACGAUAUUUGUGAGAAUGGCACAGGAACAGGUAAUGUGUCAUUCUCUUGUACAUACGGUUGCCAUGAGUCAGAACUGACAACAGCACCAAACAACAACAGAUUUAUCUCUAGAAAAGAACAUGGUUGAUUAAGAGGAGAGUCAGCGAAGAUGAGGGAGGCCCUUGGUUAGGUGGAUUGACAGAGUGGCAAAACAAUGGACUCUGACAGCAACAAUCAUGAGGAUGGUGCUGGACCUGGCAAAGUUUCGUUCUGUGAUACAUAAGGUCACUGUGAUUCAGAACCUACCCUGUGAUAACCAACAAGAUUCAUCUCGAAUUCUAAAAUCGGAAGAGGCCAAUGUGACUCCCUUUAGGAGGAAACCAAGAAAAUGAAUCAAGGGAUGGAGCUUUGUCAUCCUGAAAUCAGAAGGGUAAUAACUAAAAGUGUCAACUGUGGGAGUGCAUAGCACCAACCAGAAAACGAAAGAUCAAUAUGAUAAAUCCUCUCCUUUCUAAUCAGAUUUUUUUGCAUAUGUACCUUAUCUGUGUUUCACUAAUGGUGUGUUUUGUAUGUAUGUGUUUAAUUAUGUACUUGCCCUUUGUGUAAAUUCCUUCUGUAACUUCUCCAAAGACUAGCAUAUAAUGAUCCAGGAAUGACUCCAACUAUGAUGAGACCAAGAAAGCAAAUCAGAAACAAAUGUAUGGCUCUACAGUCUCACAUUACUGUUACUUUAAAAAGAAAAAAUAUAUAUAUAUUUUUUUGUUACUUUAGCCUUGUCCUUAAGGAGCAGGGGAAUGAGGAAUUCAGCCACCCCUGGGUUUCUCUGGACAUUGUUCUUAAUGCUUUCCUUACCCAGUAGAAGUUUGUUUCUUCCGUCAUGUUGCUGAUCACUAUCUUCCUACACUCAAAUGUUCUGAUCAAAAGCAAAGCCAGCCACAGUGCAUGUAUAUGUAUAUGAAUAAUCGUUAGAUCAGUAUUAGCAAUACCGUUUUACAGUUUUCUCCAAGAUUUGUGAAACGAAUGCCUGGUGUUCUGUGUGUGUCCUUUUAGUCAUUUUAAUUUGUUAUUUUAAAUGGCCAUAUCAAUGUGUGCUCCUUGUAAAAAGGAAACUUGUUAUCAAUUUUAUGUUAAAAAGUUUUGAACACCAGCUUUAUUCAUAAUUGCCAAAAAUUAGAUGUCCCUUGAUAGGAACGGAUAAACAAAAAUCCAUACAAUCAGGUGUUAUUCAGCAAUAAAAAGAAAUGAGCUGUCAAGCUGUGAAAAGACAUGGAUGAAUCUUAAAUAUGAAUUGCUAAGUGAAAGAAGCCAGGCCAAGAAAACUACAUACUGUAUAAUUCCAAUUAUAUGACCUUCUGGAAAAGGCAAAACUAUAGAGAUACUAAAAAGAUCAGUAGUUUCCGGUGGACCAAAGGGAAAAGGGGAGAUGAAUAGGUGGCACACAGGGUGUUCUUAGGGCGAUGAAACUAUUAUGUAUGAUACUUGUAAUGGUGGGUACAUGACAUUAUGCAUUUGUCAAAACUCAUAGGACUGUACAACACAAAGAUCGUUUACCUGGCAUUUAUUGAGUGGGUGCUCAAUAACUAUUUGUUCAGUGAAUACAUUUAAGUUACAUUUCAUUUGCUUUCUUGGGAAAAUGUUAAGCCAAAUGCUUCUCUUAGCAAGGAUGCCUGUUUUCCUAGGUGUGGAAUAUUUUCUUUGAUUGAGGGUGGCACCAAAUGGUAAGAAAGGUGAAAUGCCUCAUUUCUCUUACAUAAUCUCUUUUCAGUAACCCCCUCCAAUAAAAAUGUAAUUUAAAUGAAGGCAAAACUCUGACUCACGCUUUAGGCCUAGAGUAGCCCUCAUGGGAUCUUUAAGUACUGACCUGAUGGACUUUGUAGUUCCAUUACCUAGAAUGCAUAUCCCAAAUUUAUUCAUUCUUAUAAGGCCAUCAGAAGUCCCUCCUCAUUCCACAAAGAUUUGUUGUUGUUAGCUGCUGUAAUCCUGUGUACAACAGAACAAAACACUGCCUAGUCCUACCUCAUCAUCUCAGUCAUUAUGUUUGAAAACAUUGUUGGAGCUACUGUUAGUCCAUCUCAUUGAGGCUCUGCCUCUUUUUUGCUGACCCUCUACCAAACAUGAUGCCCUUCUCCGGGGACUGGUCCCUCCUGAUAACAUGUUCAAAGUACGUGAGAUGAAGUCUUGCUAGCCUCACUUCCAGGGAGCAUUCUGGCUACACUUCCAGGACAGACAUGUUCGUUCUUCUGGCAGUCUGUGGUAUAUUCAGUGUUCUUCACCAACACCGUAAUUCAAUUCUUCAGUCUUCCUCAUUCAUUGUCCAGCUUUCACAUGCAUAUGAGGUGAUUGAAACAUACCAUGGCUUGGGUCAGGUGCACCUUAGUCAUCAAAGUGACUGCUUUUUAACACUUAAAAAAAGUCUUUUGCUGCGGAGUUGCCCAAUACAAUGCAUUGUUUGAUUCCUUGACUACUGCUUCCAAGGAUGUUGAUGGUAGAUCCAAGUAAAAUGAAAUCCUUGACAACGUCAGUGUUUUCUCCAUUUAUUAUGAUGUUGCUUAUUGGUCCAGUUGUGAGGAUUUUUGUUUUCUUUAUGUUGAGGUGUAAUCUACACAAGGCUGUAGUCUUUAAUCUUCAUCAAUAAGUGCUUCAAGUCACCUUCACUUUCGCAGGGAUGGUUGUGUCAUCUGCAUAUUGCAGGUUGUUAAUGAGUCUUCCACCAAUCCUGAUGCUACAUUCUUCUUCAUAUAAUCCAGUUUUUCGGGUUAUUUGUUCAGGAUACAGAUUGAAUAAGUAUGGUGAAAGGAUGCAACCUGGAUGCACACCUUUCUUGAUUUUAAACCAUUCAGUAUCCCCUUGCUCUGUUCAAAUGACUACUGCUUGGUCUAUGUACAGGUUCCUCAUGAACACAAUGAAGUGUUACAGAAUUCCCAUUCUUCCCAAUAUUAUCCAUAAUUUGUUAUGAUCCACACAGCCAAAUGCCUUUAAAUGGUCAAUAAAACACAGGUAAAUACAUUUCUGGUAUUCUCCGCUUUCAGCCAAGAUCCAUCUGACAACAGCAAUGAUAUCCCUUGUUCCAUGCCCUCUUCUGCAUCUGGCUUGAAUUUCUGGCAGUUUGCUGUUGAGGUACUGCUGCAACCACUUUUGAAUGAUCUUCAGCAAAAUUCUACUGGUGUGUGAUAUUAAUGAGAUUGAUAAUUUCCACAUUCUGUUGGAUCACCUUUCUUUGGAGUGGGCACAAAUAUGGAUCUCUUUGAGUUGGUUGGCCAGGUAACUGUCUUCCAAAUUUCUUGGCAUAGACGAGUGUGCACCUCCAGCACUGCGUGCAUUUGUUGAAGUGUCUCAAUUGGUAUUCUGUCAUUUCCUGGAGACUUGUUUUUCAACAAUGCCUUCAGUGCAACUUGGACCUCUUCCUUCAUUACCUUUGGUUCUUGAUCAUAUGCUACCUCCUGAAAUGGUUGAAUGUCGACUAAUUCUUUUUGGGAUGGUGACUGUGUAUUCCUUCCAUCUGCUUUUGAUGUUUCCUGCAUCAUUCAAUGUUUUGCCCAUAGAAUCCUUCAAAAUUACAAUUCGGGUUUGAAUUUUUUCUUCAGUUCUUUCACCUUGAGAAGUGCCAAGGAUGUUCUUCCCUUUUGGUUUUCUAACUCCAGGUCUUUGCACAUAAUAUUUUACUUUGUCUCCUUGAGCUGCCCUUUCAAAUCUUCUAUUCAGCUCUUUUACUUCAUUUCUUCUGUUCGCUUAACUACUUACAUUCAAGAGCAAGUUUUAGAGUCUCUUCUGACAUCCCUUUUGACCUUUUCUUUCUUUCUUGUCUUUUUAAUGACCUUUUGCUUCCUUCAUGUAUGAUGUCCUUGAUGUCUUCCCACAAUUCAUCUGGUCUUCAGUCAUUAGUUUUCAGUGUGUCAAACCUAUUCUUGAGAUGGAUACACUCAAGGCAUUUCGACUCUCGUGGACUGGUUUCAGUUUUCUUCAGCUUCAACUUAAACUUGCAUGUAAGCAGUUGAUCUGUUCUGCUGUCAGUCCCUGGCCUUGUUAUGACUGAUGAUAUUGAGUAUUUCCAUCGUCUCUUUCCACAGAUAUAGUCAGUUUGAUUCCUUUGUUCUCUAUCCAGUGAGGUCCACAUGUAUAGUCAUUUAUAUUGAAAAAAGAUAUUUGCAGCAAAAAAGUCAUUGGUCUUGCAAAAUUCUAUCAUGUGAUCUCUGACAUUUCUAUCACCAAGGCCAUAUUUUCCAACUACCAAUCCUUCUUUUUCAACUUUUGCAUUCCAAUCACCAAUAAUUAUCAAUGCAUCUUCAUUUCAUGUUUGAUCAAUUUCAGGCUGCAGAAGUUUUGGUAAAAAUCUUCAGUUUCUUCAUCUUGGGCCUUAGUUGUUGGUGCAUAAAUUUGAAUAAUAGUUGUAUUAACUGAUCUUCCUUAUAGGUGUAUGGAUAUUAUCCUAUCACUGACAGUGUCGUACUGCAGGAGAUCUUGGUAUGUUCUUAUUGAUGAUGAAUGUGAUGCUAUUCCUUUUCAGCUUUUGUCAUUCCCAGAAUAGUAGACCAUAUGAUUGUCUGAUUCAAAAUGGCCAAUACCAGUCCAUUACAGCUCGCUAAUGCCUAGGAUGUCGAUCUUUAUGCAUUCCAUUUCAUUUUUGACAGCUUUCAAUUUUUUGGAUUCAUACUUCAUAAUCCAGGUUCCAAUUACUAAUGGAUGAUUCCAGCUGUUUCUCCUCACUUUGAGUCAUGCCACAUCAGCAGAUGAACGUCCCAAAAGCAUGGCUCUAUCAUUGUCAUUAAGGUCAACUCUACUUUGAGGAAGCAGCUCUUCCCCAGUAGUAUUUCGAGUGCCUUCCAACCUGGAGGGUUCAUCUUCUUCACUGUAUCAGACAAUGUUCUGCUGCUAUUUAUAAGGUUUUGACGUGUCUGUCAGUUUGUUGUACUGUGGUGGCUUGCAUGUUGCUGUGAUGCUGGAAGCUUUGCCACUGGUAUUUCAAAUACCAGCAGGGUCGUCCUUGGUGGACAGUCCUCAGUGGAGCUUCCAGACUAAGACAGACUAGGAAGGAAGGACCUUGCAGUCUACUUCUGGAAAACAUUGGCCAGUGAAAACCUUAUGAAUAGCUACUAAAGCUUACUUUAGCUCAAAUGAUUCAUCCCUUUAUCUCCUGUACACAGAUUAUACACUUCUGGGAGGUACAGAUGACGUUUUAAAUUCCUCACAGUUCCAUCACUACGUUAGUGACUCAAGUAAGCAGUCAAAACUUUGAGGUUGACUAAGAACCUGACAGAAGGGGGUAUUUUGAAGCCUCCUCAGAGUAAUGAUAAGGAAAGCCUGCGUUACUUUAUUAUUAUUAAAUAUCUACAAGAUUACACUUUUUCCCUUGUUGAUUGUCCUAAAACUUCGCAGCACCCCAACUCCAUCGCAUCUAUAUCAGUUCUAAUUUGUCUCUACUCCAAUUCGCUGCUGCUCCAUUCCCACUGCCUGACCACAAUGGAGACAGAACAGCUGGUAGACAUUCGAUCUGUAAUAACCCUUCAGAUUCUUGUAGAAGAGGUGGGUGAGCCAAAGUUUCAUAACUCUGAACUAUAGUCAUGUUUUCAGCUCCUGUGUGCCAGGCACCAUAACAAUUUAAAAAUCAAUUUGUUUUAAGGACUUAAUAAGUAUGUAUAAAACAGUGUAGAAAAGGGAAAGUAGUGUAUACAAACUUGAGUAUGCUUUGCUAAUGGGAUUCAUCUUCAUACAGGCAGGACCCUGUUCAUCUUGGAUUUUUUUCUUUUUGAAACUACUUCAAUUGCAAAAAUGUCAGUCCUCACUGAUGUGUUCUGGGAAUUCCAACAUUUCUGCAUCCAAGUAGCAUUUCUAAGAAUGCCCCUUAACUAGAAGUAGUAUGAAAUUGUUGAAAAUGCCUUCCAGUAUGUUCAUUAUAAUAUGUGGCAUCUGAAGCUAUCUUUGGUUUUGGAACCGGCUAUUUUAUGUAUACUAUUGAGUAAAAUGGAGAUUUUUCCAAUGAAUUUGAGUACUAAGUUGAGCUUUAAGUAUUUUCAUUGAGGUUCUCAAAUUUAAAAGUAUAGAUGUCACAACUGGGGAACAUUUUUAUGCCUCCUUACUCACCCUUUGUUGAUUAAAAAAUAAGCCCUGAUGCGAGGCAACGUGAUGUGAGUCAGCCACAACUGGCUCUUCCCUGUAUGGUGAGCCUCAGUUUCCUCAACUACAAAAUGGAGUUUAUAUGCCUGCCCCACUGUUUUGAGGAGUAAAUGAGAUUAUGCAUGCUACUAUCAUUUGUUGGCAGUAGGUAAUUGUUUCCCUUCUCUCCUUCCUUUCUUCCCCUGACUUCCCCUUCACCUCCCCCUACAGGGAAACAGUGCCUGAGAAUAUUCUCACACAUUUCUUUUUUAGCUUUUUUUUCCCCCCAGGACUUUUAAACAUUGAGUGAAAAGUUGCAGUACUGUUGAGCCUGACACUACAGGAAUGCUUAUUUUUUUACCAAUCGUGAUGCCACCAGAUGGCAGGAGUCCCUUUGGCAUGUCCUAUGAGGAGGCUGUCCACACGUUUGGACUAAUGUAUAUAGUAAAGCUAGUAAGAGAGAAAACAAAAUACACCAAAAAACUGGCCCUGUUAUCUCCUAUCAUACCUGUUGUGACACUUACCAAAAAAAACCAAAACAUUGCCGUCGAGUCUAUUCUGACUCACAGUGACCAUUUAGGACAGGGUAGAACUGCCCCGUAGGGUUCCCUAGGCUGUAAUCUUUACAGAAGCAGACUGCCUCAUCUUUCUCCCCCUGAGCAGCUGGUGGGUUCAAACCGCCAACCUUUUGGUUAGCAGCCAGGUGCUUAACCACUGUGGCACCAGCACUCCUGUUGUGGCACUUAGAACACUAAAUUAUCAGUGCUUUAGUUGACUAUCACCUGUACUGUAAGCUCCAAGACAACAAGACUCAUGUCUAUUUCAUAGACUAUUGUAUCUCCAGAUCCUAAAUAAAUAAUAGGUCCUCAAUAAAUACUGUUGGAAAAUAAGCACAUGACGCUAUAAUAUAUAUACAUAUAUACGUGUAUGUGUACACACACAGGAUGACUGGUGAUACAAUUUUUUUUUCAGGAGCUCAGGGAAGGGGAGAGAGCAGAGAUCUAGACUAGGUUUCCUUUUGCUAUAAUAGCAUUUGUGCUUUCAGGGUCAAAUGGGCUUGAUAGAAACUUUACAAUAUAUCUUAUGUCAGUAUGAAUUUUCAGUGAGUGAGCUAACUUUACGAUCAAUGAAACAUGUUUUGCAGAGUAAGGAUUUGGCGAGGCCACGAAGGAUUGAAGACAUAGGAAAGAUGAUUGUGACCAGUCAUCUGGUGACUAAGCAGAGAUGGUGUCAUAAAAAUGUGCAACAGGAGAACUUACAUGGAUGGGUUCAUAUAGUUAACUGAGAAAGGCUGAGGUGUAACAUUUAGAAAAAGACUCACAGACUUGAGCACGAGGAGCACUUCUGAAGCUGCACUCUGGGUCUUGAGCAGCAAUUGAUGCUCACAUACAGGAAUGUCAGAGGCUUCCUCUGCAAAGGCCCCAAGAUAAAUGGACAGCCGGCUCUAGCCAGGGUCUCUCAGAGACAAGAGGGGCCCAGGUCACCUUCAUGUUUUAAGGAUCCCAACUUUUUUUUUUUUUUUUAAAUAUAGCAAAGUAUGUUUAAAAAGAGUAAUUUAAAAUAUUUUCAUUUAAUAAAUACCUUUUACAAUAAUUUAGGAUCCCAAUAAAAAGAAGAAUGAAAUGACAAAGUAGGUUUACAAAAAUUAUGAUAGGUUUUAAAUAUUGUCAUUUAAUGAACACCUUUGAUACAUAAUUUACCAUGAGUUUAUGUAUUAAUGAGUUAAUGUAAUUGCCAUAAGCAAUUGUUGAUCCCGUUUUUAGGCCUAGAAGAGCAACAGUUUCAUUGAGUUCAACCUAAUAUAACCUCAUUUUGAGAUAAAUGUCAGAAGUCUAACUUGAGGAACAAGCCAGGUGCACCUCUGUCCACCCUCACUGCCCCCAAACUGACAAUAACUUUAAGGUUAGGAGCGCCUCUGCUCUACGUAAGCAUGAACUCUCAAUCUCCGAAACAAAAGGGUUCUAAGCUCUCUGACCCAGGGGUGGAGGCUGAACACCUGGCCAAGGGAAAGCUAAAUUCUAGAGACAAGUCUGUGUUCUAUCUAAGGCUGGGAAGAUAUCUGGUAUAUCAAGUACUGGAGGCAUCCCUCCUGAGUUCCCAAGUUGAAGAAAAUGCCGCAGUUCCCGACAUACGGUAUUGUUGGUUUCCAUCGAGUUUAGUCCAACUCAUGGUGACCCUCUGUCGGAAUAAAACUGCUACAUAAGGUUUUCAAGACUGUGAUCUUCCAGAAGAUCCCCAGGGCUGUCUUCUGAGGCACCUCUGUGUGGGUUCAAACUGACAACAUCUUGGCUAGUCGCAGCGCACUUAACCUUUUGCAACACCCAGGGACUCCUCUGACACGUUGUUGUCGUCGUGUGCCAUCAAGUCAAUUCCAGCUCACAGCAUCUCUAUUUGACAGUAUAACUGCCCUGUAGGGUUUCCUAAGCUGUAAUUUUUACAGGAGCAGAUCACCAGGCCUUUUCUCCCAUGGAGCCAGUGGUGGGUUCAAACUGACAACCUUUUGGUCAGCAGCUGAGUGCUUAACCAUUGCACCAUCAGGGCUCUUUCUGACACAUUAUAGGUCUACAAAAAUAUUGACUAACUCAUUUCCUCCCUCACUGAACUGAUCACUUCCCUGCUUCCUACUGCCAAAGAUGGGAUUGAUUUUUUGUUUUUUAAUCGUUUUUGUUUUUUAACUUACUCUCCUCCACUUCAAUAGCGAAAACACUGCUAAACAACUUCAGGGUCUUUCGUUUCCCUUUCCCCUGCUCCUGAACAAACAUCCUUCUCCUCCUCCAUCUUCUCUCUCUGUUGCAUCAGCCUUUCCUUCGUCUGCAUCCCCACUCUACCCCUGCCUCAUCCUGUGGCUCCAGUAACUACUGACUUAGAAACAAGCCAAAAGGGCCAGUAGAGAGUAAGCUGAUUGUGGACCUUGUGAGGCCAUGGGGUGCACCUUUGGUGCUCUCCAUAAAGCAAAGUUGUUUUGAUAACCCCAGUGGGACCAAGAUGUUUAAAUUCUUUCUCUCACUCUCACUACCACAACGUGAUGUGGAUCCAAACAUGUUGCAACAGCAUGGUGUUGGGCCUGCAGCUCUCGAGUUAUGAAAUGUUGCCACAA